UUUCGCUUCUGAAAUGCAUCAUGUUAACUCCCCAAGAGGUCAUCCAUCUCGACACCGGUCAUUCUUCUUCUUCUUUCUUCUUUGAGAUACUAUGCCCUCUAAGGUUCUUCCAGAUCGAUUCAUUCAAACCGAUCCCAACCGAGUUAUAAAAAAAUAACCAAACCAGACCAAACCAAAUGCAUUGGCCCCUCCGCUGCAGCUCUGUAGGCAUAAUAUAAGCCGACCUAGUAACAAAGCAUAAACCAGCUGAUACCCCCCUUUGAGACAAGCAAUGCGAAUUGUUUAAUAACCGAAAAAGAAGCUAAGAGGAAUUCCGGCUAAUCCAGUUACGUACGCACGUUGAUUUGUUAUAGAAAAUAAUGAAGAAGAUCGAAAUCCCAAUCUUUGAGCACUCUUAAAAUGACGGUGUCUAAUGUCUAUAUAUAGAAAAGCAGCUAGAAGUGACCAAACAUUCAUAUAUGUAGCAUUACCAAUUACCUCAAACAAAGCUCAAACAAGAAAUACAGAGUUAAUUCAGAAGAAUGGCCAUGGCGAUGAUGGUGAUGCAGCCCAAGAUUUCCAAGUUGCCCGUCUUGCUUCCGCUGAUAAUUUGGGUCGUCCUCAUUCCAUGUACGUUAUUUCCACCCUGAUCAUUCCAUUCAUUUUCUUCUUUCACAUACAUUUAUAUACACAUAAAUACCGAUAUGUUAAUGAUUAUUUCACUGCUGCAUCAGGUCUUUGCCCUUCAGGCGAAUCGAGAGAAGUUAGUUCCCGAUCGAUACGAUAUUGCUCCGGCGACGUCUGCUACUAACUCUUCCGGCGGCGGUACUACAGAGGUCAAUAAUGUCAGGUAUUGGUCUCCCUUAAAAAACACCCAAUCACGAAAUCGAUAUUAGAAUAUAAAUAAUGUUUCUCCAUAACUCGAAUUGUUAAGAAAGGUUUCGAAUUAUGGAUAUUACACCAGCCGCAUUAUAUAAUACUCACCAUAACUAGCUUUAGAGCAUAUAGAGCCAACAUUGGACCAACCAUUGUGAAAACGUACGUACGAUAAUGGUAGAGUAUUUCUAUACUAAAAUUGUGGUUUAACCGUAAUUCAAUUGUUCCCUUCCGCGCUAAAAUUGCCUACAUAUUUUGGUCUGGUAUAUCCGGCCAGUAUAUUUUACGAUUCAAUACCGAUAGGGUUUUUUUAAACAUUGCAUCAUGGACACCUGGUUUUCUCAUUCAUCCUUUCGGUUGAAGUACACAAACUUUGGCACUACAAGAUAACAUGUGCAAGCUUGCAUUUGGAGACUAAAAAGAUAAAACAUCAACUCAAACUAAAGUCUAAAACUAACAUGGACAAUAAACUAAACUUGAUGAUGAUAAUUUCCUCUAAACCCUAUGUCGAUCCAGCCACUUUGACAUUCGUCGUCUUCGGUUUGAGUCUUGACGAUAACUUAUAAUAAUAUCUCCUGAUAUAAAACCGACCCUCUCGAAUUUUUGUUGCAUGCAGUGUCCCCGCCGAGAAUCAUCACGAUGAUCUUCGCCGUCGACCUGAGACAGGAAGGACGGCCGAUUAUAGUCGUCGGAAUGCAUCGGUGGAGGCCAACUGCGGCUGGAGUUGCAACGACGAGAUGUGCUCUGCUGAUUACCCUGAUUGGUAUAGCGCUGAACCUUAUUGCUGCGCCGGUUGCGACUGUUACCAGAUGGAAUGUGUACAAAUUUGCCCCACGCCACCUCCACCGUAGCUACGGAUUGAUUGCAUAAUUAAUCGCCAUGAAUAAUGAUGGAAAGAAGAAGAUAUCUAUGUGCAUGCUGGCAGCUUUUUCAUUCUCUAAUCUUCUCUCCUUUCUAGCUUGUACGGCCGGGGGAGAUAGAGAGACAGAAACUAUAUGUGCUUACUUAUAGUACGUACGUUCUUUUAUUAUGCCGUCGUUGAAUUCGAAUCUGAGAUUUUUAGAUUGAAAGAGGAGAAUGAAAGGUUUGGAAAAAAAAAACUAUUGUUGUUUGCUGUUGAUUUCACGAGGUGAAAUCUAACUAGCUUGUAGAUUAAUAAUAAUACGCGUAGGUAAUAAAUUAAUAUUAUACAUGUCAUAAAUUGCCAUCUUUAAUGAAUUAUUCUUUACACUGUCAGAAACUCAGAAUAUCACAAACCACCCACUUGACCGGCAUUGACCUAAACGGCCGGCCACCGGCGGCAGGGUGCAAGAGUUGUAUGGGCCAGUUCCGCGCGCGGCAGGUAGGAAUGCCAUAGCCGCCUAAGAGGCAAACGGGCUACCAAAGGCCCACUUCACAAGAGGCCACAGCCCACAAGUUUGGUUUCUGUUUAUAUAUUUGAAGCCCAUCCCAACGUAAUAAAGACAAUGUAUACGUAGCCCACCCCCGACCCAGAACGUAGCAUCAUAACAAAGUGAUUCAACCGUCAAAUGAAAUGAUUCGGUGAUUAAACAUUCGAGUCAAAUGGUUAGGUUUUAUUUCUGAAAUUUGGAAAUGGAAGUGUUCAACGCUAGUGAUAUUAUCACUAGAUCAAGCUAUUCUUCAUUUAAUUUUAGUCGUUAUUGAGCUUUUAUAUGGCAUUCCUUUUUAAAAGCUCCUCAAACAAAAGUCUACAUGUUAUAACGAAAAAACCAUUUAGUCUCAAUUACUCGAAUAGUUGAGAAAUGUUAAUAUACGACUCUUGUACUACUUCUAGGGUUGGACAUUCGAUUCUCGGUUAGCAGUUUACCGAUCGGUUACAAUCGAAAGCGGUCGGUUAUCCACUAACCAAAAACCGGGAUAACCGAAGGUCGGUGUUCGGAGGCUGGGCGAGAUGGUUUUGAUAUUGGGAGGCGGUUUGGUUUAACCAAAAACUGGGAUAACCAAAUCCUUGAUCCCUCUUUCGGUCGGUGGUUCGGUUAACCAUUAAUCGAACAUUCGAUUUUCGAUUAAACCGAAAUCGACAUA